UCACAAAAGAUAUAUGUCUUGAAACCCACUUUUUCAGAGAAGUAUAAUCUAUCUUCCAAAGUUUCAGAUUGUCUCUAAGUAUGUGGCCAAAUGGUAUCUUUCUCACUCUUUUUAUUUUCUCUCUCUUGUUAAGGCAAUCAUGGAGUGAAACAGAUACACUUCAUCAGGGCCAGUACUUGAAAGAAGGGCAAGAGCUCGUCUCUGCUUUCAAAAUCUUCAAACUCAAGUUUUUCAACUUCAAGAACUCAAGAAACUUGUAUCUUGGGAUUUGGUUCAACGAUCUUUAUUUUGAUCCUGAUGUCCGGGACAGACCUGUCUGGAUUGCUAACCGUAACAAUCCAAUCUCGAACCACUCUGGAAGCCUCACAGUGGAUUCUUUUGGCAAAUUGAGGAUUUUAAGAGGAUCAUCAAACAUGCUUCUUGAGCUAAGCUCUACGGAAACCACAAGAAACACAACCUUAAAGCUUUUGGAUUCUGGAAACCUUCAGCUCCAAGAGAUGGAUCCCGAUGGAUCGAUGAAGAGGGUUUUGUGGCAAAGUUUCGAUUAUCCAACUGAUACACUUCUUCCAGGGAUGAAACUAGGGUUCGAUGUCAAAACCGGGAAGAGAUGGGAACUUACAUCAUGGCUAGGUGAUACUUUACCUGCUUCUGGAUCUUUUGUCUUUGGGAUGGAUGCUAAUAUUACAAACGUAUUGACCAUCUUGUGGCGUGGAAAAAUGUAUUGGUCAAGUGGGCUUUGGUACAAGGGUCGGUUUUCUGUAGAGGAAUUAAACGAAUGUGAUUUCCUCUUUUCCUUCGUUUCAACCAAGAGUGGACAAUAUUUUACGUAUUCAGGUGGUGAUCAGAACGAUGCCGGAACAUUUUUUCCCACCAUAAUGAUAAACCAACAAGGCUUUUUGCGUAGAACGCAGAUUCAUCAGCAGCAACCUACAUGGCAAAGUUCUAGGAAUCCAAAUUGUUUGGCAGCAGGUUAUGUAGUCUCGGAUGAGCCAUACUCAUAUGGGCUCACUUCUUUUAGAGUGACAGUAUCUUCUUCUCCAAGCAAUGGUUUUGUACUUAAUGAGACUGGUGGAAGGUUAAGUUUAGUUGAUUGCGAAGCUAUAUGUGUACAAAACUCUUCUUGUCUUCCCUAUGCUUCAGCCAACCUAGAUGGUACCGGAUGCGAAAUCUGGAGUACUCGUCCUACUAACAACAGGUCGUCUUCUCAUAGACCUAGGACAAUAUACAUCCGUGUAAAUGGCUUACAGAAGAAAAAGGUGGAAGCUUGGUAUAUUGUUGUGGCAUCACUGUGCCUAAUGAUACCUAUGAUUUGGUUUAUAAUCUAUCUUGUGUUGAAGAAAUUUAAAGUAAAAGCAAGUGUUAUAUUUCGGGGAAUAUUCUACUUUUUAUGGAGAGAAAUCACUCCACAAGUGAUUGGUUUCAUACGGAGGAGACUUUUAUCACUGAGGGUUGGUUCAACACUAGACCAAGAAAUGUUACUACGUGAAUUGGGAAUUGAUAGGAGACGCCAACACAAGAGAAGUGAAAGGAAGAAUAAUAACGAGCUUCAGAUUUUUAGCUUUGAAAGUGUAGAAUUGGCAACAGAUUACUUCUCCGAUGCAAACAAGCUCGGUGAAGGAGGUUUUGGUCCUGUAUAUAAGGGUAAGUUAAUAAAUGGGGAAGAAGUGGCUAUCAAGAGACUAUCUUUAGCAUCUGGGCAAGGCUUAGUGGAGUUCAAGAACGAAGCUAUGCUUAUUGCGAAACUUCAACACACAAAUCUUGUUCAGGUUUUAGGAUGCUGCAUCGAGAAGGAUGAGAAAAUGUUGAUCUACGAGUACAUGCCCAACAAGAGUCUUGACUACUUCCUUUUUGAUCCCUUGAGGAAAAGCGUUCUGGAUUGGACGCUACGGUUCAAGAUCAUGGAAGGAAUAAUUCAAGGGCUUUUGUACCUUCACAAGUACUCAAGGUUGAAAGUGAUACAUAGAGAUAUCAAAGCCAGUAACAUUUUGUUGGACGAGGAUAUGAAUCCGAAAAUAUCGGAUUUUGGAAUGGCUCGUAUAUUUGGAGCGGAAGAAACCAGAGCCAAUACUAAAAGAGUUGCCGGCACAUUUGGCUAUAUGUCUCCGGAGUACUUUAGAGAAGGACUAUUCUCGGCUAAAUCAGAUGUGUUCAGCUUUGGAGUUCUAAUGCUCGAAAUCAUUUGUGGGAGGAAGAACAAUAGCUUCCACCAUGACUCAGAAGGACCUCUGAAUCUCAUAGUUCAUGUGUGGAAUCUGUUUAAAGACAACCGAGUUUCCGAGGUGAUAGAUCUGUCUUUGGGAGAUUCUGCGCUUGAUUACCCUCAAGUGUUGAGAUGCGUUCAAGUUGCUCUGUUGUGUGUACAAGAAAACGCAGAAGAUAGACCAAAUAUGUUAGACGUUGUGUCGAUGAUAUACGGCGAAGGCAAUAAUGCACUUUCUUUGCCUAAAGAGCCUGCUUUCUAUGAUGGCCCCCGGAGAAGCUUUCCGGAGAUGGAGGUUGAGCCACUGGAGCUGGAAAAUGUAACGGUGAAUAGAGUUACUAUCACGGGGAUGGAAGCAAGGUGAAAUGAAAAAAAUAGGAAUAUAAGCAAAUUGAUUAUAGUAUGUGAAUCCCAUUGUUACUUGAAAUGUUUAAUUACUUCGUUAGUUCGUUACACGGAUUAUACAUGUGGGAAUUAGGAUUACAUACACUUACUCAAACAUGUGGUAUAUAAAGUAUCUUCAUACAUAAGAUGAUUCGAGUGUCCAGAUUUUGUUUGAUCCACUACUCAUGCGACUCCUAAAGAAGACUGACAAUUGGAUCACUUAUACAUAUU